GUGCUUUUUCCUUUCUCCUGCUUCUCCCGAGUUCCGCUCUUCUUCUCUGGAGGGCCAGAAAACUGGGGAAGAUCCUUCGUUUUUCAUGUUCAACCAUGGAAGAAUCUGAUAAAACGACGGCCUUGAAGAAAGCCUACGCCGAGAUCAUUCUGAACACGGCGAAGGAAGCAGCUGCUAGGGUUUUGGUGUCGGAGCGGAAAGCUGUGCGUUUUCAACAGGAUCUGUGCAGUUCGAAGGAGGAGGCGCUUCGGUUGUUGGUCCGAUUGAAGCAGAUGAUCGACGCUAAGACAAUUGAAGCAGAGAUUACGUCAUCAAACCAGCAACGACGGAUUGAUGAGCUCGAAGCUCAGCUUCAAGAGGCUGAAGAUAUCAUCACUGACUUAAGAUCAGAGUUGCACUGGGUGAGGGACAAAUUGGAGAAAGCAAGAACUAACAAUUCGCAGUCACUCAAUGCAACAAACACCAUAGAGGAAGUAAUUUCUACUGAGAACGCUGAUACGGAAGUUAUUGUUAGCUUUCAUCCUAAUCAAGGGUUUGAAGAUACAGAGACGAAAGACUCUCUAGCAAAUCAGAGCUCACUGCAUAACAAAUGCGGUAAUGAGGUGAAGCAGUUUGAUGGCAAUUUAGAGGAUUGUGAUGUUUGCGAAUCUGAAUUGGACGUCGUUAUGAGAAACAAAGAGCUCGAGCUGUAUAGGAAUGGAUGCACACAGAGGAUCCGUGCCCUUGAAAGGAACGUGCUCGAGGAGAAACCUCCUCCUCAUGUAGAGGAUCAAGGUACAACUUCAAAGGAUGAUAAUGAUAAUCUAAGUUCAGGAAAAGUGAACGAAACUGAAACUGUUGCGGAGGGAAACGGAAGAAGAUGUACUGUUCUUGCUCUUAGAGCAAGUAGUCUGAGUGUUGAGGUGAUAAAGAAGCCUCCAAAUCCAUUGGGAACUAAGAAAACCAGUAAGGGAAGGACAAUACGGAGAAGACGAAAGAGAAGAUGGGGAAAACCGAAAGCGAGCUCACUUAGGUCUCAUGCCUGUCAGCCUGCAAAACCUUGUCAGUCUCUAUCUGUCCAUUCCUGUUCCAAGACAUCCAUGAACAAUGCAUCUGUUGAAAGUUCUUCGAGGACAUAUCUGCAGGACGAGAGUGAGAAAGUGGAUGUGGAUGCACUUGCAGUGAAAGCCUGCAAAGGAUUAGAAGAACAUUUGCACCGUAAAAGAACACAGUACAUUGAUGAGAUUGCAAUCAUUCGUAAAGGGAAACGGACCAAGAACAUGAAGAGUUUGGAUAGUAUUCCUAGUGCUGUCAAGCCAACUGAUCAGCUGGUGGAGGGUCAUGAAGAAUCUAAUUUACUCCCUGUUAAUGUUAAGGUUGAUGAAGAUAAGGCACAGAUACCUGAAACCGAAGCUAAGAUAAAACCAUUACCUUGUUUAGAUUCUGGGUUAACCUUAAUCAAAAGAAAUGUGGAUUCAAUCUCAGGAUCCACAAAUCUUACUGUUAGUGUGAAACCAUCAAAUCAAUCAGAACCCGGGGAAGAUGUGUUGGUAAAAUGUGAGAAUUCUGUGGUUUCAUCUACCGGAAUGGGGUCUGAGGUGGUUGAUUUCUGCCUGGAUUCUCCUGAGUUGAAAGUUGCUGCAGUAUCGGAGGGAAACAAUGAGUCUUCAAGGAAAUUCGAUGGAAACAGAGUAGUGAAGUACACAUUCCAAAGGAAAAGGAAGAAGGGAGCUUUAAGUGACAAUGAUGAUAAUAAUAUCUCUCCGGCAAAGAUGAAGGUGGAGGAGAAAGAAAAUGACGAGUCUACUUUGGGAAAUGAAUCAUCUAGUGGAACUCGGAGACUGACCCAGGUUGCCCAUCAGUUCAUCUCCUUGUCUGUGAAGAGAUGGUAAAAGUGCAAAGCCCUCUACGAUUAACCUCUGUACAAGGGAGCCUUAUUGGUGCUUUGCUGUGGGCAGGGAAGAAUUCUUCUUGAAUGAUUCCUUCGACUCUUUUUAGAUUUAUGAGUACAAGAAAAGAUCUGAGUUUUUAAGGGAACCAAUUGGUUUUUGAGGUAUUUGGUUAAUAUUCUCUAAGGGACAACAAGGCAAAAGAUGCAUAGAAGAGAGGAGGGAAGAAGCCCAAGCACAUGAAGAGACUUUCAAAAUCUGACCAUAUGGGAUAUGUUCAGUUCACAACUUGAUUGGCUUUCUUUGUUUUGUCCUAAGCUCUAACUAAUUGAGAAUGGUGGAUAGAUGUUUCAAAACCUGUGUCUGAAACUUGAACAAGAUUUGGUUCUGUCGAAAUCGAUGUUUGGCUCAUCAGAAAUCAUAAAGCAAAACCAGAAUGGGUUCAGAUAGAUUUGGUUUGAA